AUGGACUGUCGCAGUAUUAUUACAUGGAUUAUUACUGCUUUAUUAAGCUUAUCACUCAUCUCAUCUGCAGCUAUUGAAAAUCAACAAGAAGACUCAGAUCUUGUUUAUCCUUAUAAUUACUAUGGAUAUAUACCGUAUAAUAAUUAUAUACAACCAUCUCAAUCUAAAAGAGCACAAACAUUUGUUAGAUUUGGGAAAAGAGCUCAAACUUUUGUAAGAUUUGGUAAACGUGCACAAACAUUUGUACGUUUUGGAUAA